AUGGGGACUCAAGGCUUUCACACUCGCCAAUACCCCAAAGACUGGGCUCAUCAUGGUGCCCCCAUAUUUGCUGAUCUCACAGUUAGAGAGAUGAAGGCCGUUCGUGCAUACCUGCACGGUAUUCCAGAGAUGUUGCUCACUGAUGCUCGCAACGAGGCUCUGAAGAAGAACAGCAUCCUACUGAUGGAACUCCAUCUUCCAAAGAAGCAUGAAGCCCUGAGAGCUCUCGACCGUGGACAAGCCAAACCCACACGUCAAGCCCGUGUGGUAAUCCAGUUUGGGAACCAGGCCACGCCCAACAUCACUGAGUACAUUGUCAGUCCUUUGCCAUCCCCAAAUUCCCAUGAAGUCAAGACUUUCAAGGGGAAUAGGACUGUCCGGUUUGAAUCUAGGCCUAUUACUGCAGUAGAGUAUAAGCAUAUUGUUGCAAUGCUUGACAAGAUUACAACUACAGCUUACAAGCUUCUCUUGGAGACCACAGGAGGGUUUUCCUUCCGUAACUGCUCUGACCGCUGCCUGACAUUCUCAGACAUAGCCCCCCGAGGGCUGGAUCCAGGUGAGAGGAGAUCCUGGAUCAUGUUGCAGAAGUUUGUGGAAGGUUAUUUCAUCCACCCCGUUGGGUUUGAGGUAAUGAUCAACCACCGGGAUCUGGACCCAAAGAUGUGGACUGUCGAGAAGGUCUGGUACAACAGUAAGUACUUUGAUAGUGUGGAGGAGUUGGUAGAAAAAUAUGAAUCAGGAGAUGUGGAGAAGGUCAAACUACCCGACCAUGAUGAUAAUGACCUCUACUCCACCUACAUCCCACGGGGUCACAGCAACACUCCUACUAAUAUCCAUGGGCCAAAGCUUGUGGAGCCUCAGGGGCCUCGCUAUCAUGUUGAGGGUAACUUUGUUGAAUAUGCAGGAUGGUCCUUCGCCUAUCGAGUCCGCUCAUCAGCUGGGCUUCAAGUGUUUGACCUCCGUUUUAAUGGAGAAAGGAUCGCCUAUGAAAUCAGCAUUCAAGAGGCUAUAGCCUUCUAUGCUGGUGACACUCCUGCUGCCAUGCAAACAAAGUACAUAGACGCUGGCUGGGCAAUGGGCAGCUCAUCCUUCGAACUUGCACCUGGAAUCGACUGUCCAGAAAUUGCCACCUAUGUUGACCUUUACCACUACUUUGACACAGACAAACCUGUGCGCCACAAAAAUGCACUCUGUAUUUUUGAGAUGACCACUGCUAUGCCUCUGAGAAGGCAUUUCAACGCAGACUUCAAGGGGGGAUACAACUUCUACGGAGGACUGGAUAGUACAGUGCUGGUGUUGCGGACAACUUCGACAGUUUACAACUAUGAUUACAUCUGGGACUUCCACUUCUACCAGAAUGGUGUAGUGGAGGUGAAGGUCAGUGCCACUGGAUACAUCCAUGCCACUUUCUUUACACCUAAUGGACUUCACUAUGGCACUAAGGUCUACGACUAUGUGCUUGGGAACCUGCACACACACCUCGUCCAUUAUAAAGUGGACCUGGAUAUUGCUGGUCGGGACAACAGCUUUGAGUCGAUGGAUCUGAAAUUUGUCAACUUCACAAAUCCCUGGAGCCCAGAUCAUAGAGUUGUCCAGUCAAGACUCCACUGGACUGAAAAAAAGACAGAACGAGAUGCUGCUUUCCGCUUUGGCAAAAAGUUUCCUCGCUAUGUGCACUUUUUCAACCCCAAUGAGAAAAAUAAGUGGGGACAUAAAAAGGGUUACCGUAUUCAGUUUAACUCACAUGGCCAUAGUGUGCUUCCAAGAGGCUGGAGGGAGGAAAAUGGCAUCAGUUGGUCAAGGUAUCCUCUGGCUGUGACUCGUCAUAGAGAUAGUGAGGCCACCAGCAGCAGCAUUUACACCCAGAAUGACCCUUGGGAACCUGUUGUGUCCUUCGAAGACUACAUCCGCAACAAUGAAGACAUAGUCAACAAGGACUUGGUAGCCUGGGUGACAGUGGGUUUCCUGCAUGUGCCUCACUCUGAGGACAUCCCAAACACGGCAACACCAGGCAACGCAGUGGGCUUCUUCCUACGACCCUUCAAUUUCUUCGACGAGGACCCUUCAGUGGCAUCCAAAAGCACCAUCAUUGUCCGACAGGGCAAGGACUGCAAGCCCAAGGUCCAGAGAUGGACACCUGAGGUCAUAGGUCACUGUGUGACAGACAAGCCAUUCUUUUACAAUGGCACUUAUAAAGGAGUCUAAGAGUGUUGUUGGAGUUUUUAAAAAUAUCAUGUUUGCUUCAUUUAAGUAUGUUUGUAAAAUGAAAAUUUAAUGUAAACAGCACUGACUUCCAUUCAAUAUGGAACGAUUUAUGUAAUGUUGAACCUUUUCUUGUGUUGCAAUCUUCACAUUUUGAAAAACAACACCAAAACAAUUAAAGACUUAAUUGAAAACAUUUUUAAAAGGGAAAUGUUGAUAUUAUGUGUAUC